ACCCAUUGAACCUCAAUAUCAUGAUCCACCUGUCCAUCACUCCUUCCAUCCUUCCUUAUUACAUAGAAACUUUGAAUGGCAUGGCAAUUUAUAAUUUUAAAUGACAAUAUUUUUAUGGUUCUUCUGUAGGUAGGUAGGUAGGUAGGUACACCAGACUGCUAUGGACACUUUUCCAAGUUGGUGGGGCAAAAAACCUAAUGUAUAUCUUGGUUUGAGUCGUUUGAUUGAGUUGAUUGAUUCCUUUCAUUGUCGCGUUUGAGUCGAUUGAAUCAAUUCCCGAAAACUGCUCUGACUUGAUUGAUUUGAUUGGUUUCCCAAAUUUGUCGUGAUUGAAUUAAUUGCUAUUGAUUGAGUCGUAUACAACCCUGGUCAGGAGCCUAAAGAAUAAUUGAUGAAGGUUUCUCAGAUUUAUUUUAAGCAUGAUUUCGGUUCGGCCUCCGAUUGCUGAUUCUUGCUGCAUGGCCCAGAAGCCGGAAGCCAAAGAAGAACGUAAAAAAUACCCUAGGUCCGAAAAGAACGUGAACAACUUGAGAAAUGCCCAAUAGAAAUCCCUGGUCUUACUGACACCGACUUUGAGCAUCCAGUCCUUUGCCCCUUGACCUUUUUAUUGCCGCUUAAUCACGUUCCAAUUCAUCGCUCCAUGUAUCUGAGGCCAGGGGGCUUGUCAACAGGGCAUUAUUCUUGACGGCACCUGUAAGGGGUUGUGACGGUCAAUAGUUAGCUGAGGUUGUUGUCAGAAAAACAGCAGGUAUAUAACUGAUAGGCGGCUGGAUGGGUCGAGGUAGUGAUCUCUAUGGCAGUGACCGCGUCUGAUCUUUAUUUCAAGACCUGAGACUCUUCAGCGAGCAGCCAAAAUAUAAGCGAGCAGCACAAUGGCAAAUGCUGCUCAAGAAAAAGCAGAAGAAGCAGGAGCAAUAGACUACCCGCUGCUGCCCUCGGUGCGUUUUUCUCUGGUGCUUCUGGUUGGAUUCGGCGCCGGUAUCAUGCUCAUCACCCGGUUCAACGUCAGCAUUGCUGUUGUCUGCAUGGUGGACGGCACUGAUGCCGAGCCAGUCUCGCCCGAGAGUUUGAUGGCGUCAUCAGAGAAUAACGCGGUGAACGGCACUACUGGCGCCACCGUGUGGGAAGAAGGAGAAUUAGACAAUGGAGUGCAGAGUACAGUUCAGCAGGGUGAGUUCCAGUGGGACAAGACGUUCCAGGGCCUGCUACUGUCCAGCUAUUUCUACGGCUACACAGCGGCACUGGUACCGGCUGGGUGGCUGGCCGACAGGCUGCCGGUCGUGACGCUGAUUUUGGCCGGUAUCGCCUCACAGGGCCUGUGCACCCUGGCCUUUCCCGUCGUCGCGCGCACUAACGACUACCUCCUGCUGGCACUGAGGGCCUUCAUGGGUCUCUGCUGCUCCGUGGUUCUCCCCGCCGCCACGGUGUUCAUACGAAACUGGAGCGUGCCGGUAGAAUACGCCACGGCGUUCGCGGUGUGUUUCUCGAUCCAGUACCUGUUUGCUGGCGCAGCCUACCCCAUAUCCAGCUCCAUCUGCCAGGCUGGAGGCUGGCCGCUCGUCUUCUACGUCACAGGUGCCCUGCCACUGCUGUGGGUGGUGAUCGCCUCGUUCGUCCUGACCAGUUCCCCCGACGAUAGCUCCAUCUGUUCGGAGGACGAGAAGCGCUACCUGGCAUCCAAACGGCUGUGCAGAAUUGAGUCCACCAAGUCUUUUUCGGAUAAAAGCGUGCAGCGACCGGCCACGCCUCUCUGGGCAAUCCUGACCAACCUGCAGGUGUGGAUCAUCGUCUUCACCUUCUUCAGCCACAGCUGGUUCUACUUCGCCCUCAACAUCACACUGCCCACCUUCCUGAAGGAGACCAUGGGCGUCCGACUGACAGAGAAUGGGAUCCUCUCGGGUAUUCCUGUGAUGUCCAUGACGCUUGGCGUACUGGCUGGAGGGAAAAUAUUCCAACAGCUGCUCACCAAGUGGCACUUCACUCGCACGAACGCCCGCAAAAUAAUGGCGACAAUAUCGAUGGUUGUGCCGGCCGUGCUACUGGGCGCCAUCUUGCUCAUACCUCCCGGGAGACCAUAUUUGACCAUGAUUCUGCUGGUCUGCAGCAACACCGUCUCUGUCCUCUGCGUGUCAGGAGGCCCCCUGUCCGCGGGCCCGGACAUCGCGCCUCAGUUCGCUGGGGUGAUCUGGGGCCUGUCCGGGUCCAUUGGAAACCUCACCGGGGUCCUGGCGCCAACCGUGGCUGCUGCAAUGACACCAAACAAAACAUUGCAAGAAUGGCGGUACUUCUUUUUGAUCGCAGUUGUCAUGAGUAUCGCCAUGGACGUUAUCAUCUUGCUCUUCUGGAAGUCUGAAAUACAACCGUUCGCAAAAUCCGAUGACGACCUAAAUGAGGAUAGAAGCACUAUCGAGGCGUAGUGUUUGUUUUAUAAGUGCCAUGCUCUUGAUUGUGUGAGGUCAGUGUAUAUUACCUUGUGAUAAAUAACUUCAGAAUGUCCUGACGAUAGUGCCAUGUUAUGCAUCUCAUAGUUUCUGCCGGUCAAUGUGUUAAUACAUUCAUCUACAGA